AUGAAUGGAUAUGCUGGACUCAAGAUGACCUCCAAGAUGGCAACUGUUCAAAAGAAUAAGGAAGGAUUCACUCCAAGACAAGUCAAGGCUGCGAUGGAAGCGAGAAGUGCCAUGCACAUACUCAAUGCUCCAAACACCAAAACAUUGGAUAAGAUAUUCCGCCGCUACAACAAGGCAGGCUUUCAAGUCAAGACAAUCAAGUGUGAUUGGGCAUUCAUUCCUCUCACGGAUGAUGUGCUAGACGAUAUGGGUGUUGCUAUUGGCCCAACUGCAGCUGGAGACCACGAGCCUACAGCUGAGCAAACCAAUAGGACGUUGAAAGAAAGAGUCAGAAUAGCUCUUGCACGAUUACCCUACAAAGUGGUCCCAAAAGUGAUCACUGAAUGUCUUGGACGUCGAGCCGCCGAGCUAUUGAAUGUCUUUCCCCAGAAAGACAGUAUCUCAUCACAUCUCAGUCCGCAGCAACUCAUUGAUAUUGUCAAUAUCAACUACAAUAGUGAUAUGCUUGCUGAACUUGGACAAUAUGUUCAUGCAAUUGGGACGGAUUUCAACAAUUCAAUGGAACCCCAAAGUAUCAAAGCAAUUUACAUUGAACCUACAAAGGGACAACGUACUGGGCACCGAGUGCUCAACCUCAAUACUACAAAGAUGAUUUUCCAACCCAAGGUCGUCGUACUACCCGUUACCGACCAAGUAAUCCAGCAUGUUGAAGCUUGGGCUGCUACCAAAGGUGUUACUUCCAUUAACCUGUUGUGGCCGAUUUGGAUCACCAUCAAGAAAAUAUUGAUAGAGGAACCGAUGAUAUUGGGAGCCUCGGUACUGAUCUGGAAGACCCACAAGAACCGCCAGAAGAAGAGAUUGUAUUUGAGCUUGAAACGCCUUGAGUAG